GUGGUUGUUUAUAGAUGAAGAAAAAUCUAAAAUUAGAUUCGGUGGAUGUCUAUCUCCUGAUACCCCAUUUCCCUUGUACCGAAAUCUAUCUACUAAGGAAAAAGUAAUAUUUUCUCGAUCAAGUUAUAACAAUCAUCAAAAAGUUUCAAAAACAAUUUUAAUAACUCCAGUCUUUGGAAUCUGUAAAUUAUUAGUACUGAUUACAGGCUUAUAAGCAUCUUUUCGCCCAAAUUUUCGUCCAUUGGAAUCUCUCUUUCUUCGACGUCAAAAAGGCUAUCAACUUUCUCUCUAAUCACCACUUUAUCCUUUUUUUUUUUUUUUCUUUUCUCUUCUUUGUUUCCCUUCCUGGUUUCCUCUCUCUUUCUCUUUCAAGAACUGAACUCUGCCAUUAAUGAACCCCCUGAUUCCUUCCUCCUCCUGAGUCCUGUCUAUAUCAUCUUCUGCUGGAAGCAUCAUAAAUGAAGUCAAUUGUUAUCAAAUCGAAGAGAUAUAAUUUUGUAAAUUAAGAAAAUAGUCAGAUGGGAGGGAAGACUUCGAGAGAGGAGAGUUACUUUCAACAGCAUCCGCCGUUUAGUACGAGUUCUGGUACUUGGGAACAACACUAUCCAUCUCAAAGCAAUUACGGAGGUACACCACAGCUACAUCAUGGAUAUGCUCCACAACAACCUGCAUAUCAGCCGCCCCAAACAGCGUAUGCAUAUCCUCCAGCAGCUCAGAGUCAACCACCGCAACCAGCAUAUACAUAUCCUCCAGCGGCUCAGAGUCAACCUGGAAAUAGGAAGUUGGAUCGGAGGUAUUCGAGGAUAGCUGAUAAUUAUAAUUCACUUGAUGAGGUCACCGAGGCUCUUGCACGGGCUGGCCUCGAGUCAUCAAAUUUAAUUCUCGGUAUCGAUUUCACAAAGAGCAACGAGUGGACAGGUAAAAUUUCAUUCAACCGACGAAGUUUGCAUCACAUCGGAGAUGUUAAGAAUCCGUACGAACAAGCAAUCUCAAUUAUUGGAAGAACAUUGUCUGCUUUUGAUGAGGAUAAUUUGAUACCCUGUUUUGGAUUUGGAGACGCAUUAACACAUGAUCAGGAUGUGUUCAGUUUCUAUCCAGAAGAAAGACUCUGCAAUGGGUUUGAGGAAGCAUUAUCACGAUAUCGGGAAUUACUCCCACAAAUACGUUUGGCAGGACCGACGUCAUUUGCCCCUGUUAUCGAAAUGGCUAUGACUAUUGUCGAGCAAAGUGGGGGUCAGUACCAUGUUUUGGUGAUAAUUGCUGAUGGGCAGGUAACUAGAAGUGUUGACACUGCGCAUGGGCAGCUAAGUCAGCAGGAGCAAAGGACUGUUGAAGCAAUUGUAAAAGCGAGCGAGUACCCACUAUCAAUUAUUUUAGUUGGGGUUGGAGAUGGUCCUUGGGAUAUGAUGAAGGAAUUCGAUGAUAAUAUUCCUGCUCGGGCUUUCGAUAAUUUUCAAUUUGUGAACUUUACAGAGAUUAUGUCUAAGAACAUGGCUGAAUCUAGAAAAGAGACAGAGUUUGCGCUCACAGCUUUGAUGGAGAUUCCUACUCAAUACAAAGCAACAACGGAACUUAACAUAUUGGGUCGUCGGUCAGGGAAGUCUCCCCAAAGGAUUGCUCUUCCUCCACCUGUCUACAGUUCACAACCUUCGCACAUGAGCAGUUUUAAGCAGAGUUCAACUUUAUAUGAUUCAUCUUCAUUUAACUCGAAAGCUGGAUCCCAGCAAAGUGCACCCCCAUAUCCGGGACCGCAAAUGUCUAUGGGCACAGCGCCACCUGAAAGUUCUUCUUUUGAUCAUCAGGUUUGUCCUAUUUGCCUUAGCAACCCUAAGGAUAUGGCGUUCGGCUGUGGGCAUCAGACAUGUUGUGAAUGUGGGCAAGAUUUGCAAUUAUGUCCAAUUUGUCGAGCUUCUAUACAAACCAGAAUAAAGCUUUACUGAAACUCUUGUUGAUGAUACUCCUCCUUCGGGUACUUGCCCACAGCCUUCUCUAAUCAGUACAAGAUUCUUUUGUAAUUCUGUUACCUUGGUGUUGUUAGGGUUGGGAUAUUAUGUCCUGGAUGAUCCAGAUGUAUCUAGGUGUUAACUAUGUGUUGCCUUGUGAAUAUUUCAGUUCUUGGAGUUCUUAAAUCCUUUUUGUUUAUCAUCAACAUAACUUGUACAUUCUGGUCUUUUUCCUAGAGUGAUAUUUUUUUGGUUGCUCCGACUGUAAUCUCAGUUUGGCCAUCGUUUUGGCAUGCUUAAAAAAACCGUACUUAGACAGAAAAUGAAGGAGUUGAUUUCCUUUUGUAUACUGAAUUACUGAUUAUGCAAGGUUUUUGGAAUUUUCAUA